AUGCCAAGAAUCGGAGUCGCCUCUGUCCUACAGGCCUUCUUACAAACUACCGUUUUCGCGCUCGCCUUCUAUGUAGGUCUGAGUCGGGUCUCAGACUACAAGCACCACUGGAGUGACGUCCUGGCCGGCAUGCUUCUCGGUGCCGCGGUAGCCAUCUUUACGGUGAGUGCAAACGGUCCGAUGGUACACUUGACUGUCUUUGCGUGCCCUGUGUGCGGUCUGUGUGUGUGUAUAUUCAACUGGAUAUUUGUUGUCGGCCCCCUAAGCAGGCCGCACGAUAGAUGCGUUGAACCAACAUAG